UGUCAAAAAUUGAGAAAAUCUUGUCGAAAAGUCGACUAAAUGAAUACAUAAACAUACCAGAGUAAUUACGAUUUGUUAGCAUUUCCCAUUUACCUCACUUCCUCAUUUCAUGUAGCGAAUAAUAAAAUUGCGUCUUCGUGUUUAAGUAGACGGCGUAAUCUAAAUCGACCGGCGAUUGUGUGAUAUGUCCGAUACAGAACUGUAGUUAUGGCUUCUGGUUCCAAGAAUGAUAUUGUGAAUAGACUUUUAAACGUAAGGCUCGAGGAAGGUGCUAGUGGCGAAGAACACCCUCCUCAAAAUAUGCUGCCAUCUAAUCAACAAUCAAGACAAGGCAGUCAUAUUGACGAAGAAAACGGUCACGCGAACGAGCCUAUGCCGUCGUCGUCCGCAAUAGAGAACCUUCAGCCCACAAACAACACAGGUUGUCGUCUGCACAACUGGCAAGCGACAAAAACGACCGUUAAGGAACGAUUGUCUUUCCUUUUUAAUAAUGAAAUACUGUCAGAUGUUCAUUUCAUUGUAGGAAAAGAUGCAAAUCAGCAAGUCAUACCGGCGCAUAAGUUUGUACUUUCCGUCGGCAGUGCAGUGUUUGACGCGAUGUUCAAUGGUGUUUUGGCUACAAAAUCUGAUGAAGUCGAACUACCUGAUGUUGAGCCGGCAGCAUUCUUACAUUUACUAAAAUUCCUCUAUUCGGAUGAAGUUAGAAUCGGACCAGAGAGUGUUAUGACAACUUUGUACACUGCAAAAAAGUAUGCUGUAGCUGCUUUAGAGGAACAUUGUGUUGAUUUUCUAAAGAGCAAUCUUGGCACAGACAAUGCCUUCUUGCUCUUGACACAAGCGAGGCUGUUUGAUGAGCCCCAGCUGGCUGCACUCUGCUUGGAAAUGAUUGACAAGAACACAACCGAUGCUUUGAAUGCUGAAGGGUUUACCGACAUAGAUCAAGACACUUUAAAUGCAGUUUUAGAAAGAGAUACUCUACGCAUACGAGAGGCGAAAAUAUUCGCAGCGGUUCUACGCUGGUCCGAGGCUGAAUGUACACGACGUCAACUACCGGUCACACCUAACAACCAAAGAAUGGUUCUCGGAAGAGCUUUCCACGCCAUACGUUUCCCAUUAAUGUCUGUAGAAGAAUUUGCAAUGGGUCCUGCACAGAGUGGUCUACUUGAUGAUAGAGAAAUAGUUCAACUCUUCCUUUAUUUUACCGUUAAUCCAAAGCCUAAUGUUGGUUUCCUAGACACACCUAGAUGCUGUAUGACAGGAAAAGAACUGACGGUGAAUAGGUUCUCCCAGACUGAGUCUCGGUGGGGUUACAGCGGCACAACUGAUAGGAUAAGGUUUACUGUUGAUCAGAGAAUUUUCGUUGUUGGUUUUGGACUGUACGGAUCUUACUUUGGACCCACUGAAUAUGAAGUUCAUUUGCAAAUUAUUCACCUAGCCACUAAGAAAGUUUGCGGUUCCAACACGACCACUUUCUGCUGUGAUGGAACUGACGACACCUUCCGCGCCAUGUUCAAGGAGCCAGUGGAAAUAUUGCCAAACACGUCAUACAUUGCCAGUGCUAAGCUAAAGGGUACAGAUUCGUACUACGGCACAAGAGGCCUGAGGCGUGUGACAGUCGACUGCAACAACGGCGAAAAGGUCGUAUUCCAGUUCUCAUACGCAGCGGGAAAUAACAACGGAACGUCCGUCGAGGAUGGUCAAAUCCCCGCCAUUAUAUUUUAUAUUUAGAACAUUAAUGUAUUUCUAGUAAAAUUAUUUUGAAUAUGGCAACAUAUUUUAUCAUAAACUAUUCUAGGCUGUUACAUGAUCUGGUAAUAAUUGGUACGCUUACUAAACGAGAAUGUAAUUAACUACGUCGGAGCUCAAACAUUUUAAAUAUGUUCUAUGAACGAAUUGUGAUAAAUUAUUUAUGAAUUUCAAAAUCGUAUCGUAAUCGUACUACAUGUAUAAAUAUAAUAUUACAUUUUUUGAAAUUACACAUGAAAUCAAAGGAUCAAAUUGCAUAUUUAAAAAAUAUAUUAUUAAGGCCCAACGCACACCCGGUGGAAUGCAGAGGAUAGUUAACAGAUAAUAAUCGACUAUGUAUAUAAGUAUAAACGCGCUGAGCACUUGCGGUCCGCCGGCCAGCGGCGAGUCGACUGUCGGCAAACUCGCGUCGAUGCUCGACAGACGAUAGGACGCAUUUUGUGCGUUAGAUACUAAUUUAUUUAAGAAAUUAGAUAUUGUGUGAUUAUCAAAUUCAAAAUCAAAAUAUACUUUAUUCAAGUAAGGCUUUUAGAAGCACUUUUGUAUCGUCAUUUAACAAACUAUUUUA